AUGCCUCUCGUCAAUACUACCGAGGUCAACGAGGACACUCGUGUCCUGGGCUACGAUGCCCUGCUGUCGCCGCAGUUUCUUCAGACUGAGAUCCCCGCGCCCGCUCGUGCUACUGAAACCGUCCGCUCGGGUCGGAACCAAGCAAUUGAGAUCAUCGAGCAGCGCGAUGACCGGUUGCUGGUCGUCGUCGGGCCAUGCUCGAUCCACGACCCGGACACGGCCCUUGAAUACGCCCGGCGUCUCAAGGAACUCUCGAACAAGCUUUCCAAGGACCUGCUGAUCAUCAUGCGGGCGUACCUGGAGAAGCCACGCACAACGGUCGGCUGGAAGGGACUGAUCAACGACCCGGACAUUGACGAGUCGUUCAACAUCAACAAGGGUCUGCGCGUGUCGCGCAAGCUCUACACAGACCUGACCAACACGGGGCUGCCCAUCGCCAGCGAGAUGCUCGACACCAUCUCGCCGCAGUACCUGGCCGACCUGAUCUCGCUGGGUGCCAUUGGCGCGCGCACCACCGAGUCGCAGCUGCACCGCGAGCUAGCCUCGGGCCUGAGUUUCCCGAUCGGUUAUAAGAACGGCACGGACGGCAACCUCACCGUGGCCAUCGACGCCAUCGGCGCCGCCGCCCACCCGCACCGCUUCCUGGGUGUGACCAAGCAGGGCCUGGCGGCCAUCACCAAGACGUCGGGCAACGAGCACGGCUUCGUGAUCCUGCGCGGUGGCAGCAAAGGCACCAACUACGACCGCGACAGCAUUCGCACGGCGCGCGAGGCCCUAUGCGCUAAGAAGCAGCGCGAGGUGCUCAUGAUCGACUGCUCGCACGGCAACUCCAAGAAGAACCACCUCAACCAGCCCCUCGUCGCCAAGGAGGUCUCGGACCAGCUGCGCGAGGGCGAGACCGCCCUCGUCGGCGUUAUGAUCGAGUCCAACAUCUACGAGGGCAACCAGAAGGUCCCGCCGGAGGGUGCCUCUGCCCUGCUCAAGGGUGUCAGUAUCACCGACGCCUGCAUCAACUGGGACAUGACCGUCCAGGUGCUGGAGGAUCUGGCCGACGGUGUGCGGGCUCGUCGUACCGUCCGCCAGUCCAAAUCCAACGGUGUCAAUAGCUCGUAA